CUCACCCUCUCUCUCACACAAUGGCAACGCGACAGAAGAAGUCAGCUGGGUUGGAGCCGGUUUGGAGCCACAAGAUCAGCUCAUCCAUCACGGCUCGCGUUUCAGUACCAGAGAAGAGACUCUUCCACUGACCCCACCACCACUACCACCACCACCGUUUCAGCGAAACUACCAAAAACCAUUUCCAAAUUUCCAAAUCCGAAAGCUCUCAAUCGAAUCAUCAUUCGAAAACUGUAAUCAAUUCGGAGAAUUAGAAACCCUAGAAAGAAGAAGAAGAAGAAGAAGAUGUCGACUGACAGACACGCUUCUAGCAAUCCCACACCAUCUGCUGAAGAAAACGCCAUGUUCCUUGAUAUACUGCAUGAGGCUCCUUUAUUUGGUCAUCGGAAACCAACAAGCCUUGCCGGGAGUAUUCUUUACUGUGUUUUAUUGGCAGGUUAUGCUAUUUUGGCUGCGGGAUCCCCAUGGAUUUUUCAUCCAAUAAAAGCUAUAGUUUCUCAAUUACUUUGCAGUUGUGAUGUUGUUCUUUUAAUUGUCACAGGCAUCUUUCAGCAGUAUCUGGUGUACCAAGUCCAGAAAAUACGAUUGCAGGGUUACUAUGUUUUCAGCCAGAAGUUGAAGCAUGUUGUUCGCCUUCCAUUUGCCACCACUGCAUAUGGAACUGCUGCAAUGCUGCUUGUCAUGGUGUGGAGGCCCCAUAUUAGUAUUCUUUCUAUCACAGUCUUACUCAGGAUCAUUAUGCUGAUUGAAGUAGUAUGUGCUGGGUUUUUCAUGAGCGUAUACGUUGGUUACAUACACCAGUAUAAUUCGUUGGAUUCUCAUCCUGAUGUUUUGAAGUCAUUAUAUUCUCCCCUUCAGCCAUCAAGUUCUUUGGAAGGGUUGAGGUACCAUGAUGGUGGUCGGCUUGCUGAUCAGCAAAUGGCUUUGUUGCAAUAUCAACGGGAAAAUCUUCACUUUCUAAGUGAGGAGAUCCUUCGGUUACAAGAAUGUUUAAGCAAAUAUGAGCGAUCCAAUGAUGGGAGCACCCCUCAGGUAAUUUUGAUAUUGUUUCUUUUUGGUGAUGUUGAGAAUGAUUGUUAUGUUCAGAUGAAUCAAUUGCAAUCUGAGUUGAGCCUUGCUCGAUCUUUGAUUGCUGAGAGAGACUCUGAGAUCCAGCGUGUUCGCACUACCAAUAAUCAGUAUGUUGAGGAGAAUGAAAGGCUGAGAGCUAUACUAGGGGAAUGGAGUACUAGAGCAGCAAAGCUUGAGCGAGCAUUGGAGGAUGAGCGGAUGUCAAACUUGGAAUUACAAAAGAAGGUAUUGAUAGUGAGAAAUCAACCGACACAGGAAUCAUCAGAAUCAGCUGAACCAACUUAGUGAGCAGAGUCUAUCACUUCUGUAAACAAAUGUCUCCAGCCAUCCAAUGUAUCAUUGUCUUUUUAUUUUUUUGUUCUUUUUAAUUUAAUUUAAUUUAAUUUUUUUUCACUUAUGGUUGAAAGAUCCUAAAGAUGUCAUGGUAACACUAUGACAUGAGCAUAUGGUCCAGUGUACAAAUCAAAUCAGACCAUGCACUUCUCUGUUCAUAUGUUGGAGUUAAAUUACAACUGUGUUUCCUUAUGUGUUGCUAGUUUUCAUGUUUGCGUGAUCAUUCAAUGCUAAACUAUAGUAAUCAAAAUGUUAUUUA